UCAGCUCAUCGUCAACUGAGCCGCACUUCUAUCAUCCUCCUCCAAUACUGUACCAGCUUAUGGCAAUCAUGAUCACCCAUAAAUUCGGGACUCUUCUUUUAGCUUGUGUGCUGAUCUUUUGUCAGAUGUGCAUCACACAGGCAGCUCCAUCCAGAAGUCGUGAAGACCCCAGUACUGAUGAUGAUAUUAAGAAGUUACUAAGAGCCAUUAAAGAGUUCAUGCAGCUCGCUUCAGAUGAGCAAGAGCGCCAAACAGCUGAUGGGAGCAGCAACAUGCCAACACAGAAGAGGGCGUGCAACACCGCUACCUGCGUCACCCACCGCUUGGCAGACUUCUUGAGUCGUUCCGGCGGGAUGGGCCACCGCAACUUUGUGCCCACCAGCGUGGGGGCGCAAGCCUUCGGCAAACGGAGGCGACGCAGCCCCGAGUGAGCGCACGAGCGUCAACAGGGUCGGACUACCCAAUGGAUUGAAGUGCUGCGUUGUCAUGCCUCCUCAUCAAACAUAUGGACUGAUGUUUUCUGUUCUCGGACCAUUGCUGCUGUUCAUUGUUAGCCUAUAGUUAAAACCACAUACGUAAAUUAUACUGAUAACAUGAUCAGAAUGAGCAUUAAAGACAGCGGAUGAACUGUUCAUCUUGUAGCUCAAGUGACCUCCUGACCCUAUGUGAGCAGUAUCGUGUGUCAUACUUCUAAGUUUACCUUGAAACCAACUAUAGUGUGGCUGUCCAGUGCCUUCAAAUAAAUCAGUGCCAUCGUAUUUCAUCGUGCAAACUGCAAAUGUUACGCUAAAACCUGUGUUUAUGACUGACUAUGUCAGAUGAUCUCUGUAAUGAUUGAGAGCUGAAAGCUGUAAUAAAUUGUAUUUUAGCUACA